AUGAUUAACAUUUCAUGCAAGUUACUUCUUGUAGUUAUACUCGGCUCUUUUGCAUCGGCUAUUCGAAUCGGUUCGUUUAAUUUGCAUCAAUAUGGUCCCAAAAAGUCAUCCAAUGCUACGUUGACCAAUCUUAUUGCUCAAAUAAUCAAUGAUUUUGACUUGGCUGCUAUUCAAGAAAUAACCGAUGUAUCCUUAAAAGCACCCAUUGUUCUACAUGAAGCACUCAAUAGAGUGUCAAAUUUGGGCCCCUAUACUAUGACUUUGAGCGAGCGUGUCGGUGAUUCAACAUCGAAAGAACAAUACAUUUUUUUCAAUCGAGAGGCAACUUCUGGCUUACAGUUGCUCAGUGCAUCAGUCUACGAUGACAGUAAAUACGAUUAUUUUGAACGAGCACCCUCUAUGGCUACGUAUAAAGUCAAACAACCGGGCAAGUCAGGCGUCAAAAUGUUCACCAUUAUGAGUGACGAUUCAGAAAUGUUGUGA